CAUGGUCUUAUUUGUCCAUCAGAUCUAUCUAAAUCACCAAAGUCUGUCUGGAUCUUUCAUGUAUGUCGGCCAUGCCCAGGCCCUUCUAAAACGAAUUUGCGACACCACUCGGCAUCAGGCGGAACAGAUCCUGUAUUUUUUUUUCUUUUUUCUCCCCACUAUUACUUUUUUUUCUCAGCACGGACGCAUGGACGAAUUCAAACUCUGGCUUCUUUUUUGGGUCUGUAAUUUUUUUACUGGAUCUGCUAUUUUAUGGGAUUUAUUCGGUGCGUUUUUAAUUUAUAUUAUAAAUUUGAAGGUUCGACGGUUUUUAUGGUAUUUGCAAGAGCUGCUCUUAAAGGACGGAUUUGUUCUUGGGACACGAACCACACUCUCUAACCCGAGGCGAUUCUCCGUACUAUCCUUUCUUUUGUGAUUUUUUUUCAUGGUUGUUGGGUUUGGCCCCCAUAAUAUUUUUUGUUGAAUUUUAAUGUUUCAUUGUGCCAUUUAGAUGUGCAUAUCUAAAUGACCCUUUUUUUGGAAUAGAUAAAUCCCGAACGUUUGAUUUUUAAGCAUGCUAAUCCAAACUCUUUUCAUGGCAACUUUAGUUAAGGCGAUGUUGACAAAAAUGUCAAUUUUCUGACAAAAAAUCAAACUGGAACAAAGUUGUCAUGUGGCAACAACUAAAGUUGCCAUCAAAAAACGUUCGGAUGACAUGCUUAAAUUACUGAGGUCUUUUUUUUAGUGGAGACCCAUAUGCUAUUUUUUUCUUCCGACAGGAUGACCAAUUUUUUUUCUUCCUUUGUUUGCUUUACGACCUUGCAUGCUCUUGUAUGAACUGCCCCUAUCUUGCAACGAUUUCGAAAAUACAAUAGAAAAUUGUUUAGCAGUCGUUACUGGGCCGUCUGAUCAUUAACUGUGAUCAUCUAUUGGAGUGGGUUCGUCUGGCUGCAACUAUUGGACUGGGCCGCCGAAACUGGGUGGAUCGUCGGAAUGCUCCCCGUGAUACGGGACCGGGAGAGCCCUUUGAGUUUUGGGAGGCCCCGAUCGAUUCACUCCCACACCACAGGGCAGGCAGCAUAUAAAAAGCGCCGGCGCCGGCGCCUCGUGUUGACCGUAACCCUAACCCCUUUCCUCCUCGAUCCGAUCCGUCAGGCGGCGGCGCGCGCGAGACCGACCGGCGAGCGACCGCGACUCCACGCAGAGAAAGCCAUUGGAGUGCGACCAUGGCGCUACGUGCGGCUGUGACGGGUCUCCUGCAGCCGGCCGCUGUCCCUGUAUGUGACGGCUUCAUCUGCCUUGUCCCCAUGCUGUCCGCCGGAUUUGCAGAGGACCUUUACCUGGCCAGUCGUUUUGGGGGGUCCAAGGCAACACGCGAGUUUGAAAUCCCACGCCCGUUUGCCCUUGGGGACGUCCUGCGCGAAACCGGCAAGGGUGCUGGGUUCCUCACUGUUGAUGAGAUUGGCAUGAUGUUGCCUAAGCUGCGCCUGCGCCCUGAGGAUUCUUAUUACAUAUUUGGUGCAAGUGCUGCUGCUGCCGGAAUGCUACUCUUGUCUGCCGAAGAACCAAUUGAGCCUAAUGAUGGGCAGACAUCUGAGAUCAUACAUGAUCUUAAGGCAAAGUUGAGUGAAGUUACCGAGAGAGCGGAGAACCUCGCUGCUGAGAACAAGAGGCUCCUUGAAGAUGUGGACAAGGUCAGGGAAGCUAACAAGCAACAUGGAUAUGAGAGCUGGAUCGAGGCCCUUCGAUCCAUUCAUGAAGAGGAACUUGCUAAGCUUGAAGCUCGCAGUGACAAGGAGGGUGAUGGGAGUGGCAAUGACAACAAGGACAAUAGGAGUGGCAAGAAGGGGAAUGAGAGUGACAAGAAGGAUAAAAAGCCGCUCGCAAAGAAGCUGUUAGAUCUUUUGAUGGCACCAUCCACUGCGGAAAGUUUGUACCAGGAUAUCACCACCAACUGGACCAAGUGGGGAUACCUUUUUGGUAUGGUCCCAGUGUUCUAUGGUUUUAAAAAGGCAGAUUUUGCAAAGAUUUUCAAGGGUGACUUUAGCGGUAUAGAUCCUCGGGUUGAGGUGGUGGAGAGCAGGGCUUGCCCAUGUGGCAUUCCCUGGCCGCAGAAAUGCUCAAGAUGUGGCAGAGGACUCCCUAACUUCGUUGGUGAUUCGGGUCUCGUCAGCUUCCCUGGUAUUGCAGGCGUCAAGGGCGAAACCUUCACAGCCGUCACUCCCACUCCCGUCCCAAGGGCGACAUCGCCUCAGCCACCGCAGCCGUGAAGUGAAUUGUUUUUCAUAUGUUGCCAGCGGAAGUGGUAGUGCCUCUGCGUAGGCCUGAACUGUUUUCUGUUUAAUGAAUAUUGUGCAACUGGUUUAGCUGCGUUUUGAGCUUCUCUGAUCUGGGAUGUAGAGAACCAGUUUGUCAUGAAGCUGUCUUCUGCAUGAUACUAUUGAACGUACGAAACUUAGCUGGAUACCCCAACUUGUUCUGUUAUGUGUUAUGUUUUGAUAAUCUGCACUUCUCAUUUAAAUUGAUUAGGUCAAUCCAGUCAAUGGCUAGACAGGUUGGUUA